AUGCAGUACGAGGAACAUGCCAAGACCGACAAGGUCAUGGAGCCCCAGACACCAGAAAGCAUCUCCGCCGAGGUCAUCGAGCAGUACAACAUGAUCGAUCCCAAGAUCCACAAGAAAGCAAUGCUCAAGCUUGACACUGUCGUGCUGGGCUGCUUUGGUAUCAUGUACCUGCUAGCCAACCUCGACCGAAACAACCUCGGCAACACCAACAUCAUGGGCCUCCCCGAGGACCUCAACCUCAAAGGCAACCAAUUCGGCAAUGCCGUCACCCUCUUCUUCGCCACCUACGUCGCCUUCGAAGCGCCCUGCUCCAUCGCCCUCAAGCUCGUCGGACCGAAGAACCUGCUCUCCUUCUGCAUGCUCGGCUGGGGCCUCGUCUGCCUCGGCAUGGGCUUCAUAAAAAACGCCAACCAGCUGUACGCCUGCCGCCUCCUCAUCGGCUUCUUCGAGGCCGGCCUGAUCCCCUGCAUCAACGCCUACAUCGGCAUGGUCUACCUGCGCUCCGAAAUGUCCCUCCGGUCGGCCAUCAUGUACGGCUUCAGCGCCUUUGCCGGCGCCGUCGGCGGCCUGCUCGCCUCCGCCGUGUCCCGCAUCCACGCCGGGGGGCUGCCCCCCUGGUCCUGGCUGUUCAUCAUCGAGGGUAUUAUUACCAUAGCGCUGGUGCCGGUCAUCUACGCCGUGUUUCCGAAGGACCCCCGCACCGCGUGGUUCCUCAGCGAGGAGGAGCGGCGCGUGGUCAGGCUCCGGUUCGAGCUCAACCCGCACCUGGCGGUCAACGAGGCGUUCUCGUGGCCCAAGGUGCUCAGCGCGUUCAGGGACCCGAAGCUGUACCUGCACGCGGUGCUCGAGUUCUCCGUGUCGCUGUCGCUGUUCAGCUUCAUGACGUUCCUGCCGGCCAUCAUCCGCGGUUUGGGAUACACCAGCGUGCACGCGCAACUCCUGACCGUCCCCGUGUACGCGUGGGCCACGGCGUCUUACGUCGUCAUCGCCCUCCUGUCGGAUCGUGUCGGCCUGCGAGCGCCCUUCAUCCUCGGCGCCUGUCUCUUCCUGAUCAUCGGGUAUGCCGUCAACCUGGGCACUGAGGCUCUCGGCGCCCGUUAUGCAGCCGUCUUCAUCAUCGGCUGCGGUGUCUACGCCACUGCUGGCCUCUCCAUUGUAUGGCUCAACAGCAACUUUGCCGGCCACUACAAGCGCGCGACCGCCCUCGGCGUCACCUUCAGCGUAGGAAACUCGUCCGGCAUCGUCGUCGGCCAAAUUUUCACCGCGCAGACCGCGCCUCGCUACGUGAGAGGCACGGGCAUCACCAUGGGCUUCGCAGGCUUUGCGAUGCUUCUCGUCUGCGUCAAUGCCUUUGCCCUGCACUACGUGAACAAGCAGCGUGCGGAGCGUCUUGCCACACGCGAGCCAUCUAUAGGUAGCGAGCAGGGAGACAAGGAUGAGGUGUGCGAUUACGACGACACGUUCAAGUACAACUUGUAA